UGGAGAAAGACGGACGUGUGGCCCGAACACAGGGUCAAAGAAUCGCCAGCCACCAGCUCUCUGGGAUCCGACAAGGCGCUGUGGAAUUCUGAGUCCCUUCGCUCGCCUUCACCGUCCAGCCGCAAAGAAAGAGAAAGGGAAAGAGCGUCCCCUGCUGGAAAGCAGCGAAAAUGACUGCCGGCCAGGCACGCAAGCCCAAGCGCCCGCACUACGUGCCCCGCCCGCCGGGAAAGCCCUUCAAGUACCAGUGCUUCCAGUGCCCCUUCACCUGCAACGAGAAGUCCCACCUCUUCAACCACCUGAAGUACGACCUGUGCAAGGACUCCAUCGCCCUGGUGACUGGGCUCCGCGGCGGGCGGGCGAGGCGGGCCAAGGCCCCCGCGCCCACGCCCGCGCCCCGCCGGGCCCAGAAGCCCCCGCCGGGCAGCCCCGCCUCGCCGGGGGGAGGGCAGAAGGGGCGGGAGGUGGAGCCGGUUGGUCCUGGAGGUGUAGAACGUCCCAGAGCAGAGAGGACGAAGUCGCAGGAAGUUGGGGCGGACGAGGAGUCGCAGGAAGUUGGGGCGGACGAGGAGUCGCAAGAAGUUGGGGCGACCGAGUCGUCGCAGGAAGUUGGGGCGACCGAGUCGUCGCAGGAAGUUGGGGCGACCGAGUCGUCGCAGGAAGUUGGGGCGGCCGGAGAGGCUCGGUCGGCCCUCACGAAGCUCCGCUCGGCCUUCUCGCGCGUCCCAGCCCGCGACGACGGGACGUCCCACACGUGUACGCCAGAAGAGAACCCCUCUCUCCCUGUCCUCUCGCCUCCGUUCUACCGCCCCACCCUCACAUGGGGGCACCCCACGGAGUUCACCCCGCCCGGCUUCCAGCGCGAAGACCUCGCAACAUGCAACUACCCACACCCAGGGACGCCAGGGUACCCCACGUUUGUGCCCCCUGAACACCCUCUGCUCAUCUACCGCCCCUCUGUCCUGCCCUGGGACACAGAUGGGACCCACUCCCCGGACCACCAGGGGCCCCUACACCCCACCCCUCCACCCAUCCUGCUCACAGAGCACCCAUACGGGUACUACCCCACCCUCCAUCAAACCCCUCCGCACGGCUUUGAGCUUCACUGUACCCCAAAGCAGCUGCUGCACUCCUAUCCGGGACCUGGGUACCCCAACAGGGAGGCGCACAGCAGACAUCCCUGGCUGGUUUACCCUGUCUCAGACCAAGAGGGAGACCCGCGGUCUGUGCCCGCCUGGGCAGCCCACUGGGGGAUGGGUGGACGCGAGUGGGCAUGGCCUGGGAGGCAGGACUGGGGCAUGGGGAGGGAGUCGAGGAUGAGCCCCAGACAGGCAUGCUCAGCCUUGGGCUCUCCAGACCGGCCUGGUCAGAGUGAAACAGACUCCCCGCUCUUCCCUUCCCUGGGAGAAGAGGGCCUGAGAUCAACGUAUCAAUCAGGAGACAGCACUCCCCACACCAAGCCAAUCAGAUGGUCGGUCAGCUCUGUGAGCUCACAGCAAGAGGGCACUGUGCUGCAGGCAAGGAGAUCAGCAAGGGGCAGUUUGGGGCACCCGAUCUCUUACUCUGCAGAAGAGGAGGAGGACGAGGAGUUUCCUCUAAACCUCUCGACGAAAGACUGGACUGAGGAAGAGCGCACCAAAGACUUCCACACCAGCAGGGGGCGCCAUGCAAGCAAAGAGAGGACACCACAGAACACGACCCUUAACCUGCCCCUGAGGGAGAGCCUCGGCCGGACCCCGGAGUCCGGCCUCCACCCGCCAGACGGGGAGACGAGCGAGGCCCGGAGACACACAGCAGCCCUCGCUCUCUGCCUGCUGGCCGGCUCCUGCUCCGACCGCCCGAACAACGCAACUACGCCCUCUACCUGCGGGGAGGCCGCCGCUUCAGCACGGCGAAGCCGCAAGGUGAAAGGGCAGAGGAGGCCAGGGUGCGAGGAUGUCCACCGCUCGCUCCAACGGCACCCAAAGAGACCACAAACAGCACAGCUGUUCCCAGCCACGUCGAGGAGACACCGCUGCUCCUGAUAAGCGGUGUCAGAGCACGAUGGCCAAUCAGCACACACGCUGACUUCAACGCGGAGAAACGCUGAACAAUGCCACAGGACUCUGGAGAACUCUUUGACAAUGGUUUCCAUGGACACAAUGGUUUCUAUGGACUCUCGUUUUUGUGCGCGUGCUAACUGAGAAUCUUUAAGAUGAGGGGCCUUUCUUAAACUGAAAACCGCCACUAUUAAAGAAGUACUUUCGUAUCACUGGUGCCCUUUUUUUCCCCAUGACAUGCAGAUGAUCAAUGUGAACGAAAUGACAACAGUAUGUACAUGAUGUUUUUUUUACAAAACAACCCACUGUCUUAUGUUGAGAUACUACUGGCAAGUACAGGCAGAUAGAGGUGAAUGAGAAGAUUUCUACCAAUUACAACGCUGAUAUACGAACAAAAACAAGUAAGUGACAACAAGGUUGACAAAACACAGCCAAUAAACACAGU